AUGCUUACUUUACAAGUACUACUUGUUGCACUUACGAGUAGCAAUUUUGUCCUCCAAGUAUUCGCUAAUGACCCUGCGUUUUGUAAUAAUGUAGCUGUUUGUACACCUUGUAACUGUAACGCUAGUGGCAGAUGUACAGGAUUUUGCCAUCAUGACAGCGGGAGUACCGGUCCUAAGCACUGCGAUUUACAGGCCCAGGGUUGCCGUUGUCCCCCCGGUACCAUGGCCGCAACAGGCGGCUCGUAUUUUGAGCGACGAGGUGGAUGUAUGAGUGUAGGCGGAAGAGGGGGCGGAAGAGUAGGGACUAUACCUCAAGGGGCAUGUGCUCAAUAUAAUAGCUAUUAUUCGUGUGUCUAUACAGCACCAUACUAUUGCCGAUGGAUCUCCAACACUUGCGUAGACAUUCGCGGACGUCCACAUCAAGCUACAGAAGAGGAAGACACCAAAAAUGGUCCGACUGGAAAGGCUUAG